AUUAUCUACAUUUCGUCGGUGAUUCUAAUUUUUAGUGACGUAAAAACAAAUAUGGGUGUUGAACAUGUUGUAAAGCAGGAAGGAGACGGUACGAGUUACCCCAAAAAAGGACAAACAGUAUCUGUUCACUAUACAGGAACAUUGGAAAAUGGAAAAGAAUUUGAUUCUUCAAGGAAAAGAGGAAUUCCUUUAGAUUUUAAAUUAGGUGCAGGAGAAGUUAUUAAAGGAUGGGAUGAAGGAGUUGCAAAAAUGACAUUGGGUGAAAAAGCUACCUUAACUUGUUCUCCUGAUUUUGCAUAUGGUUCUAAAGGCUUUCCAGGCUUGAUUCCACCAAAUUCUAAACUAAUAUUUGAUGUUGAAUUAGUCAAAAUUAAAUAAUAAAUGUGUAUUAUUUGAAUGUUAAUAUGUUAGUUUAUAUAUAAAAUAUAAGUAUUUUUAAUUUU